AUGGACCCCUCCAAAGCGCCCUCCAAAGCGCCCCCCAAAGCGCCACCCUAUGAUCCACCUCUGUCCAUUGAGAACUCCCAAAACAACGCGAUGAAUGAGUCGCCCUAUGACAUCGCCGAUUCUUUGAAUCGCAUGUCUCUUGCAAAUGCGACGGUCACUCCAUUACCCACUUCCCCCUCCCUCUUAUCUCCCGGUGCCUCGUCGCAUCCCACCCCUGUCAGCCAGCCCACGCCGCGACGCACUCCCAGCUCCAGCUCGUUGCGCGAAGAACGUCGCAAAUCGAUCCCUGUCCUUCAAAAGCGCCAAUCGACUGCGUCUCUCAGAUCAUCUUCGGGUCAUAACGGACCUGUCUCCCCGCUUACAGAUUCCUCGCGUCGCUCAUCUGCAAAUAACGCGGGGUCCCCAACCUCCGCCGCGCUGCCCGCAAUGUUGCCGCGGCUCACGUUUGGCGCUCCAGAGCCCGAAGUCCCCACGGCAGCUUCGAUAGCGGCCGAACACUUCCAGAAAGAGGUUGACCUGCACCAAGAAGGUACUCUGGGGUCCAAAACAAUUGUCGUGGUUCAUGAUGCUUGUUACGGCCACCGCUUCUCGCGCCCACGCCCGACUAGACUGGAGCUCGGCUCUAUCGUCGAGCGCCCAGAGCGCAUUCGUGCCUGUAUGUUGGGGGUGGCUGCUGCUUAUGUCCGCCUUGGUCGUCGAUAUUCAGGAGAAAAGUUUGCCCCUCGUCCUAAUCUUAAUAUUCCUGAUCUACCCCCGCCAUUCCAAAUCAUCAAGUCGUCGCGCUCGUUACCCCUGAUCGACGACGCCGUCACCAGUGUCCAUGGGGCCCCGUGGAUGACGGAACUCAAGGGCAUGUGUGACCUUGCAGAGUCGCGUCUCGCUUUAACUGGUAAAGAAUUGGUCCGAAGUCGCAUCCAAGAUAACGACGGUCUAGCCUCCAGUGGACCGGAACUUCACACGGGUGAUCUUUACCUAUGCGCCGAGUCGCAAAAUGCCUUCCAGGGCGCCUUGGGUGCCGUCUGUGAUGGCGUUGAUCUUGUGCUUGGCCCGGGCCCUACCACUCGCGCCUUUGUCUGCAUUCGGCCGCCUGGUCACCAUUGCUCUGCUGACUUUCCGUCUGGAUUCUGCUGGAUCAACAAUGUUCAUGUUGGAAUCUCACAUGCAGCUACUCAGCAUGGCUUGACCCAUGCUGCUAUCAUUGACUUUGAUCUGCACCAUGGCGACGGCUCUCAGGAUAUUACGUGGAAUCAUAACCGCAAGGUUUUGGAAGCCUCUCGCAAGUCUUCCGCUUAUGAGAAAACCCCAAUCGGUUACUACAGCCUUCAUGACAUCAACUCUUACCCGUGCGAAGAUGGUAUCCCCGAAAAAGUUGGUAAUGCAAGUAUUCAAAUUGAUGGUGCGCAUGGCCAGUCUGUCUGGAACGUUCACAUGGACACUUGGGCAACAGAACCCGACUUCUGGGACUUGUACCACAGGAAAUACAUGACCCUUAUCGAAAAAGCACGUACGUUCCUUCGCAGACAUACCGAAAAGCUCGCCGAGAUCCCCAAUGGUCCGCGUCCCAAGGCAGCUAUCUUCAUUUCCGCUGGAUUUGAUGCAAGCGAAUGGGAAGGCCAGGGUAUGCAGCGUCAUAGGGUCAAUGUGCCAACCGAUUUCUACGCCAAGUUCACUGCAGAUGUAGUGUGGAUGUCCCAAGAGGAGGGCCUCGGUGUAGAUGGACGUGUGAUCAGUGUACUCGAAGGUGGCUACAGUGACCGAGCUUUGGCUAGUGGUGUGCUCAGCCACCUAAGCGGUCUAGGCAGCACUCCUGAAAAUGCUCCACCUCUACCCAGCUCUACUCCCAUCCCCAAUGAGUAUGACGUUGGGUGGUGGUCACCCUACCAUCUGGAGGAACUGGAGGCACUUGCGUAUCCACCAGAUAAGAGUCACGAAAAAUCGACACCGACGUUCCUCAACCCCACUCGUUCAUUCUCAGCCAAGGUAGUUAACCCCGCACGCGAAAGGAGAACCUUCGGGUCCUUGCCUGGCCUCGAUCCUUCUCUUCCUUCUCUUCCAGAAGUUGGCUGGGCAACGGCUGCUCAUGAACUGUUCAAGACUCUUAUUCCCGAGCAUCGGCAAACCGGGAGUUACAAGCCCGAGGAUCUCAAUGCUGCUGCUUCCCGCCAACGGUAUGAGCGGCAGAUUGCACUCGAUGGCGGUGCCACGAACCCUGCCAUUGUUCCUCUACCACCUCCAACCCCAGUUGACGACAGAAGACAGCUUCGUGUGAGAAGGACAAAGUCUCCGACAGUUCAUUCUCCUCGGCCUGCUACCCCUCGACAACAGGCUAUGCGAAGCAAGAGCCGAAGAAAGACUGCUGAUGGCAAUGACUUGCCCGAUGCAUCCCGUGAAUCAUCCCCUUCUGUGGAUGCCAGUCGGCGAAAGAGUGUUACCGCAGUAGCCCCGGUUGCGAGCAGUUCGGGCACGAGGGCUUCAGACCAUCAAAGAGUUUCUGCAGGUGAUGGCCCGUCUGAGACAAGUUCUAGACCUACAUCUACUAGCGGCGCACGGAAAACCAGCGGCUCGCGUUCGGGCACUCCGAAACGAACUGCUAGCCCGAGAAAGGCUCCCCCAGUCCCCAAAGUUCCCACCACAUUCUUACCUUCAAAGCUUUCCGAUCAAGUGACACUACCUAAGGAUGAUGUGGAAAACCUAUCGGCUGGGCUCCAGAGGAUCAAACUGGUUAUGCCAUCACCCGAGGAACAGGCUGCCCGCGAGAAAAGGGCCAAUGAAGAGCGUCGGCGGAGUGCGAGAGGAGGCAGGACUCCGAAAUCUCCCACGUCCAGGAAGCCUGCUCCUGGCGCUAUUAAUACCAAGACCGGCAUUCGUCCUGAGAUCCUACCUACCAACUCCCCGCCAGAUCUCCCGACGCCCCCUAUCGGGGUUUCUGCAAGUGAUGCAGCAGUGAAAAAAGAGAAUCAAUCAUCCUUCCCUAUCGAUUUCUCGUCUGAGACCCUUGCCUCCACUUUGCCCAUGAGUGCUAACUCAAGCGGACCCAGUGGCAUGGGCAUAAUGUUCCCUGCGUCAGCUCCUUCUGAAACGGUUUCCCGGUCAAUGUCCCCCUCUAUUAGCCAGCAGCCAGCUCUGUUUACCACCAGUAACUCCCCACCUCACACACCCGGCAGCCAUAUGCAUAUGGAUAUGUCUCCCCGUCAGGCCAAUGUGUUCUCGCCUCCUACUUCCGAAGGUCAAACGAAAACUGGUCUUCCUGUGUUUACAUCCAGCAGUGCCAUUCCUUUUGCCGCACCGGAGAAGCACGGGGAUGGACACUCGCAGACUUAA